AUGGCUCCCGCUCCUCGCUACAGCUGGUUCGUCCUCCUCAUCCUCGGCCUCAUCUACAUGCAGCAGCAGUGGAGCCGCUACAGCCUCAACUACCUCUACAACGUGUCCGCCGACGACGACUUCACGUCGAUCCAGGCGGCCGACUCGUUGAGCUACGCGGACUACGGCAUCCUCACGGGCUACGGCUUCUCGGCGACCUUCUGCCUCGCGGGCCUCGUCGCGGGGCGGGCCGCCGACGUGUCGUCGCGGAAGCUCAUCAUCUUCGCGGGCUGCCUCAUCUGGAACGCGGCGCUCUUCAUGAUCGGGUACUCGAAGACGUACGCCGAGGUGCUGCUCUGGCGUUUGGCGUUGGGCUUUGGCCAGGCCUUCUCGAACCCCGCGAGCUACAGCCUCAUCGCCGACUACUUCCCGGAGGCGCAGCGCGCGCAGGCCAACGGCCUCUUCGCCUGCGGCGUCGGCGGCGGCCUCGCGUCGCUCUGCAUCUCCAUGGCGACAAGCCUCGGGUGGCGCGACGCGUGCUUCCUCAUCGCCGCGCUCGGCUUCGGCCUCGCCGCGCUCGAGGGCCUCGGCGUCGCCGAGCCGGGCCGCGGCGCCGCCAAGCCCGCCGGCGGCGACGCCGGCGCGCCGGCGCCGGGCCCGCCGAAGAAGACGUUCAAGCAGGCGCUCGCCGCCAUCUUCGGCAACCGCCUCGUCGUCCUCGCGGGCUACCUUCCGACGUUCUACGGCGUCGUCUUCCCGGGCUACGACGACGAGUACUCCUACAUCAACGCCUACGUCGCGUGCGGCUGCUUCGGCGCGCUGCCGUUCAUGGCGAUCUGCUGCCUCGCGCCCAACUUCUACGUCUCGAUCCUCCUCGGCCUCUUCCUCGAGUACCUCGUCGUCGCGACGAUGCAGUCCGCGCUCGAACCGGACUGCCGCGCGCUCGCCAUCGCCUGCUUCACGCUCAUCGCGACGUUCUUCGGGUCGCUCGCGAUUUUGGUUGGUUCCAUCUUACAAUAG